GCGCGCAGCGGAUCACGACCAUUAACAUUAGAGUGAGAUUCACGCAGGAGCUAGAGUUUCUAUUCGGCGUCGAGGACCCAGUCUCCGUUCUGAAACUUGCAGUGCAGCACCCUGACAGAGCUUCAGGAGCGAUGUCGAUCACGCAAACCGUAACCACCGCCACCACCUCGCAAGUCGUCCCCUUCAGAGUGCAAAUCGUUUGGAGGAAUGUCAUACUCAUGGCAUACCUCCACAUCGCAGCUCUGUACGGCCUGUACCUCAUGUUCACCUCGGCCAAGCUGAGCACAUCCAUCACAGCACUUGUACUAUACGUCGCGUCGGGUUUGGGCAUAACAGCAGGCGCCCAUAGACUCUGGUCGCACAAAGCCUACAAAGCCAAACUUCCGUUGCGCGUGUUCCUCGCUGCGAUGCAGUCGAUGGCUCUGCAGAACAGCAUUUUCGAAUGGUGCCGAGAUCACAGAGUGCACCAUAAAUUCAGCGAGACCGACGCAGACCCGCACAACGCAAACCGCGGAUUCUUUUUCGCCCAUGUAGGGUGGCUUCUAUGCAAGAAACAUCCCGACGUGGCAACGAAAGGGAAGAAGGUUGACAUGUCUGACCUGCUCAAGGAUCCCGUCGUGGUUUUCCAGAAAAAUCAUUACAAAACGAUCGCCCUCAUGAGCUGCUUCGUCAUCCCGACGUUGAUCCCGAUCAUCUUCUUCGGAGAGAACUUCGUGAACGCGUUCUUUGUGUGCGGUCUGUUCAGGUACUGCUGGACUUUGAACAUGACUUGGUUCGUGAACUCCGCUGCGCACAUGUGGGGAAACCACCCCUACGAUCACCACAUUCAUCCAGCGGAGAACUGGGCCGUGAGUCUCGUAGCCAAUGGCGAGGGUUGGCACAACUACCAUCACACCUUCCCCUACGAUUACAAAGCAGCUGAAGUCCCGUACACGCUGAAUAUCUCCACUUUCUUCAUUGACUUCAUGAAAUCCAUCGGACAAGCCUACGACUGCAGAGCCGUCCCCAAAGAAACCAUAUUGGCUCGAAUGAUGAGGACUGGUUGCCUUGCGACCUCGGAUCAGCACUACAAGCCUGAGGAGGAGAAAGAUUUUUAAACAAUGAUGCCUGAUUAUCGAUAGCAUUCCGUUGCUGAAUACCAGAGGCUGAAACCAGAGGCUUCUUCGUGCCUCAAUACAGCUCGUAUGAGAUGUGUCGGCCGAGCGACACGAGUGAUAAACACAGAUGUGAAGAUUGUAUAUUCCGUAGAUCAACUCUAAUGGUUGAGACUGCAAACCUAAUUUAAGAUGAGUUUGGAAGCUAUGAAGGACAACUAUGAAUAAAAUACGUCAGUGAUGACUUU